AUGGCCGUUUCAGUGAAUGUUACCUUUCAACAAGCUAAUGGCGUGUUACGGAAAUAUGAGAAGCCGAGGAUUGAAAAACAACCAGUCAACAAGUACAGAUUUGUGGGACAGGCUGCAUCACUGUGUUGUUACGCUAAAGGUUUUCCGGCCGUGAUGAAAUACUCGUGGUCAAAGAACGGAACUGAAAUAGCACACAACUUGAACACUGGAAAUCUCCGGUUGACCAACCUACAGAAAUCGGAUCAGGGGAUGUACGCAUGUACAGCAGAAUCUGUUGCUGGUAUCGUCAAAUCAGAAAGUGUGCAAGUCAGCGUAAAAGAUAUAUCAAAGGACACUUGUGAUCGUAAUCCUGUACCAAAAACAGAAAGGUUACCCGCUGGAUGUUUUGCUUCAGUCAACGGCGCCAAGGAAAAUGAAGUAGAUAUCGGAGAAUGCGUUCAACUUCCGUGCAUCACAUCGACAGACAUUGAUAACGGGACAUGUGACGAAUGGUGGCCGUCAAAAUGCUGCAAUGUUGAAACAGUGGAUAGAAUCGAAGUUACAUGCAAAAACUUUUCAUUUACAUUAAAUACAGUCAAAACGUGCGGUUGCAGCUUCGGAACACUUGUGACUCGAAUCACAGCGUUUGCCUAUGGCAUGAAAAAUGGGACACAGGUGCCAUUCCAAAGAGGAAAGGUUUUUGUUGAUGGUAGAAAACUAGUAUAUUCAAGUUCUACCGGAAUGAUAUCGCUAAACGUUCCGUUCGAAAAGACUGAAAUAACCCUGUCGUUUCAGGAGGAUAUUAAAGGAGAAUUUUUGGACUCAAUUAAAACAUUGAAGAUAACUCCUGGGAAAACCAUGACCGUAAACAUUAUUUUACCAAUACGCCCUAUUCCAACAAACUUUAAUACUAGAUUGGGACUCAGCAUACCCCUGAAUAAUUUAGACGGUGACGAUGAAGUUGCAACAAUUUCUAUUCCGUCAGACUCGAUAUUGGACAAGGAUGGAAAUAAAUUUGAAGGCGCAGCGAAUGCUUUUGUUAAUUUCAUGGAUCCAAGAAAACUUGAGGACCUACAGUCUGCAGAUGGACAAUUUACUACGCUAGAUGAUAACGGAAACGCAGCACCACUUGAGACUUUCGGCAUGUUUCGAAUGCACUUCGAGGAUAAUUCGGGGAGCGAGUUGUACCUUUCGGGACCAAUAACUACACAAAUGGAUGCCAGUUUAUUCAAUAUCUCACAAGACAAGGACGGUAAUCCCGAUUUAUCUAUGUGGCAUCUUGAUCCAAACACUGGAAAAUGGGUAGAACAGGGAACAUUCCGUUAUGUCCAUCCCCAAGGGAAGCGAAGAUUAUUACAAAAUGUAGCACAAAUGAUAGAAGGAACAAUAAACCCGAGUAGCAUUACUCGGAUAGAUCUGACAGAGGAAUUGAUAACAACUAGGACAAUAAGACGUCCCAUCUACUCCAACUGUGAUAGAAGCGUCCUUGUUGGUUAUUCUUACAGCAGAUACUUACAGAGGAAUCCGCCAACACCUAAAGCCGAUGCCUGCUUCGUUAGGGUCCGGACAUACACUGACUUCUCACAAAGCAGUCACCUACAAGGCGUCAUGGUUACUGCUGUAACUAAGGAACUAUCUGGGUCCCGUUUCAAAGGAAUAAGUAGGGUAGCAACUGAUGGGAACGGUAUUGCAUGUUUAGAAAUAUUUUGCAAUUCUUGGGUAUAUCUCUACGCUACGUAUUCAACUCAGAUGUAUGCUUCUGACCAACAUAGUCUGCCAAAUAACUACCUUUUCCAGAAUAUUCAAAACUUAACGCAAGUGAAGUUCGUUUCCAAUAACCCGUACAUUAAUCAGGUUGGCAGCGACAAAAUGUACAGCCCCGUGUAUGAUUUCUAUAAACAGCAACAAUGCAAAACCCCUUCUUUCUCAGACGGAUUUUUUCAAUUCGCUCCAAUAAAGAAGGAAAACAAACUCGAUCCAACACUUGGGAAUAUAAACAUCUACAACAAGAGAAUGUCCUGGUAUACACGACCUGUUGGGGAUCCACUACAUAAAUCAUGCUUUAUCAAGUUAAAUAUUAAGUCUUCAUUUGAUAGUUUUGACAUCAUCAGCAAGAGCUUCCUUCAAGACAACUCUUCUAAACGUGAGGUGUACGGGACCUACUUUACAUCUCCCUACUGGGACGAGUCUACAGACAACCGGUACUCCAAGGCGGCCUGUAUUGAGUUCAGAUGUCCCGGACUGGUUGUAGACGGAGCAACAACAACACAGAAUGUACCAACGUUAGUGCUUAUCCAUGUAGCGAGUACACAAGACGCACGAUGUACGAUGGAUCCAAGUCCUGCCGUUAAAGUUGUUUCGAAUGGGUUUGGUAAUUUCCAAUUUCUAGUUGACCCAACCGAUCGGUACGGUGAAAAAUAUGGUGUUUUCAUGAGAGCAGGGAAUGCUGGAUACGUGAAACAGAAAUGUGAGAGCGGAUCUUUAUCUGGAAGUAGAACUGUAUCUACGAUGAAACCGGACAAGAACCCGGCCUUCAAGCUGACAUGCAUAUAA